UACGAGAUCUGGCGCACCCAAGUUGGUCUCCUUCUUAGCGACCCUGCUUUGAGCGAUGCACAAAAGGUAAAGAAAAUCCUUGAAAGCUUGCUGAGCCCAGCUGCAGACACAGUAAAACAUUUGGGAGUGAGUUCACUGGCAAGCACCUAUGUCGCUCAACUUGAUUCUGCCUUUGGCGUAGUGGAAGACGGAGAAGAGUUGUUUGCAGCAUUCCUCAGCUCUAAUCAAAACAAUGGAGAAAAACCCUCGGCAUACCUAAACCGACUUCAUUCCCUCCUCACUAGGGCAGUUUCUAGAGGGGGAGCCACAACUGGAAAUCCCAGUGAGUUAUUACUCCGGCAGUUCUGUAGGGGCUGUUGGGAUCAGAGUCUCAUCAUAGGCUUACAAUUAGAGUACAAAAAGGAUAAUCCUCCAUCGUUCCCUGAACUACUCCUCAUGUUGAGAUCUGAGGAAGAUCGUCGAUCAGCCAAGUUAGACAGGAUGAAAAAACACUUAGGGGUCACAAAAGCUGCUGCUCAUGCUCAUUCCAUUUACGACAUGUCGGCCUAUGAUCAUGAACCUGUCUCCUCGGACGGAAUCCGACAGAGUGAGACGUCUAAGCUCGAGAAGAGAGUGAGUGAGUUGGCCAAGCAAGUGGAGAAGUUAAAUCAAAAGUCCAAGAACCCCAUCAAAACCAGUGAACCCCAGCAAGUGCCAAAUUCACAACAGAGUGGAACCACUAACAUUGAAAAUAAGAUAGAUGAAUUGACUAAACAGGUUCAAGUGCUCGUUCAGAGCCAGAAAUUCCCCAAGAGGAGUCAGGGGUAUGACAAGCAAGAAGGUCCGGCAGUGCACAGAAGUAACCUGAAAAA